AAGCCUGAUUGUCCAGCCAUCGGCAAGCAACAGAAAUCGCUGCGAUUUUGGUCUACCCGAAAAGUUCUCUCCUUACCCAGAGUCCAGAGUAGUUUCCCGUAGACACAAAAGUCUAUACAUUUAUCCGAAAUGAAGUUGUACGCCAUCGUGAUCCUUUUCGCUUGCUGUCUUCUGGCGGCACAGGCGGCGCCCGACAAGAAGACGGCCCAGAAGUCGCGUCAAGCGGACCAGGAUGCCAAGGUGGGCCAGGCGGCCGCUUCCAGCGCUGGUGCAUCGACCUCUGCCAAGGAUCCCUCCAGUGGCAGGCUGUUCCUUAAAAAGUUCCUGACUUUCAAGAACCUGUUCAGCAGCAACAACCAGCCGGUGAUCCCAAUCAUUAUCACCGGCGCCGGAACCGGAACCGGUACCGCUUCCACAGGAACCGCAUCGCCCACGGUGACGGUGACAUCGACGGGAACCAUUCCCUCGGCUACUGGCACCAUCACAACUUCGCCCACAACACCCACCACGGCCUCCACGCCCACGACAAGCUCGGUCCCUCGGCAAACUAUUAUCAAGGGUGCCCGAUAUGGCAGCAACGAUGACGACCAGGAACAGAAUCAGGACCAGGACCAGGACCAGGAUCAGGAGCAGGACCAGGACCAGGAGCUGGCCCAGCCCGCCCAGGCCUACCCCGCCGAGUUGAUGGACGAGCAGGCACUACAGGCCGCCCUGGCCGCUGGCGCCCAAGAAUACGAGGUGGUCACCGAGCAGGAUGUCCAGGGAACUGGCGGAGCCACCGGCGAGGGAGGCAAGGCCACCCAAAGCAAUAACCACAUCAGCCUGCGACGCAAGGGCGCCCGCCGCGGCCAGGUGAUCAGCGUGCGCAUCCCGCCCCGUUACCGUCGCUACUUCAAGAACGGACAGAAGGUGAUGCUCAACACCGGUAGUCGUCCCGUCUCCAAGCGCCGUGUGGUCCGCAAGCGUGUGCCUGCCAAGAACAAAAUCAACAAGAACAACAACCGGCGGCGCAACGGCAACAAGAAGAACCGUCGCAAUCGCAACAAGAAUCGUCGCAAUCGCAUCAUCGCCGUCUAAGGACCAUGGAUUCAAAUUCAGCUUCCAACGAUCCGACAAACUCCGGCAAGAACAUUUUUUUUUUCUAAUUUAUUGUAGCUUAACUUGCUACUGCCGCACUUCCUGCGACAGGAUAAAACAUAAAUAAAGCCAU